CCACGUCAGCCACAAUGCCACGUCAGCCACAAUGCCACGUCAGCAGUGCCACAUCAGCAGUGCCACAUCAGCAGUGCCACGUCAGCAUGACGGGUCCAGCAAUGGGCCUGCCAGGCCAACUGGCCAAUGAGCCCAUUGCCGACUACAAAAAGCGCUUCCAGGCUCAGCUCGCUUUCAUCGAGGCUGAGGAACAAUGCCAGCUGGCAGCCGAGGCUGCCCGCCUACAGGCUGAAGAAGCGGCAACAGCAGAGAAGCUGCGGCUACAGGCCGAGGCAGACGCAGAUGCCCAGGCUCGCCGCAAGGAAGCCCAGGAUCUGCUGCAGCGGCAUGAAGCCAACAACAUCGAGAGACUCAAGUUCUGGCACUUUGAACCGAACGGCGACGACGCAACAUCGGAAGAGCAGCAUAAGGAGUUCCUCUCCAAACUCGUGACACGGUUGUUGUGUGCUUGCAACUACCAACGGUCCGAGUUAGAGAGACAGAACCAGGAACUACAGCAGCAGUACCAGGAUCUGAAGACACAACACCAGGAGUUGGCGAACCUCCGCCGGAUGGUGCAGAGCCACGAGGAUGCAACACGGGCACUCAGUUCCCGUGAACUGGACCUGGAACAGGCUGUACCACGACCAGAUGCUGGGGCUUCCAGCAGUGCACCCUCUAGCCGCCAACUGGAGGAACGCGUUGACUACUUAGUGGCAAUGCUCGGCGACAUCAGCACCUUCACGGCGCCAACCACCAUCAGCAGCCAACUGGACACGUUGAAGACCGAGGUCCAGCAACUGAAGUCGACGAACUCGGAUGGCAAUCCAAAGCUGUACAAGAUGCCAACUUUCCAACUGAAGAAGUUCGACGACUACACACAACAGGAUCCGGUCCUCUGGUGGGAAGCAUUCACGACGCAACUUCGGAUUCUGCCCGUCGCCAAACACGCGUACAUCGGCGCCCUGUUCCUUAACUCGAAGGGCGGAUGCCAGACCUGGUUGACCCACCUGGCAGCCACCCACGGCGUCGACGUCGUGGAUCUGAAAGACAGGAUUACAUGGGAAGAGUUAACACGGCUGUGGAAGAAGCGGUUCAUCGUCGACGACGCACCAGCACUCGCCAUCAACCGACCCUUCACCAUGUCUCAGGGCAACACAACAACAUGUCACUGGCUCACGGAAUGGCAGAAGAUCGCGGCCGUGCCCGAUCUGGACUUACCAUUCACGCAUCUACGCCGUGAGUUCUACAACAGGUCAUGCGCUGCGCUGAGCCAAGCACUUGGUGAUCGCGAGCAGUAUACCAAUUUCGCCGAGAUCAUUGACAAGGCGAGAGAGAUCAUCAAGACUAACAGGGCAGCUGCACACGAGAAGUCAACGUGGCAGCCGACCUAUGUGGAGAAGGUAAAGACUGGUCUGCGACCGCAACACUUCGCUGCAGUCCAAUCGGACAGUGGAGAAGACCCAGCAGCCACUCCAGCAUCACGUGACGAAGAUCAGGUCGCUGCUGUCCAGCCGCGAAGCAACAACAAGUCCCAAAACAAUGGGAAGGCGAAACCAGCAUCGCAGGCCGGAAAUGGACAGCCAGCACCAUGGGUCAAGUUUAGCUUGACCGAGGCGGAGUACAAGUACCGCGACCGCUACGGCUGCUGCUACUGGUGCAACAACACCAAGCACAAGACCUCCCUUUGCCAGGAUCAGGCCAAGGAGGAUGUGCGACCCUCUUCGCCGCCAUCUAUCGCCGGGGAUUCGACGUCAUGGUCAAAACUUGAAGAGCUCGACCCAUUGACGUUCGCGGACUUCCAAUGGAUGCCCGUUCCCUCGACCGGACGAUUGCCGAAACCGCAUUGCAACGUGCUCAUUGCACAACUGCGGGAUUACUUGCACACUGCAGUACCGACUCCGUUGAUGGACGCCGGAGUAGAGGUUGUCGACCUUCACGCCUACAUUGCUAAGAUCGACCGCGAGUUCAAGACGCAACGGUACGACGACAUCGACGCACCAUUGCUAUAUGUACGCAUUCAGCUCGGAGAGGCGACCUGCAGCGCUUUGAUCGAUUGCGGAGCAUCUCGCAAUUACAUGAGUCAGGACUUCAUGGUACGCGCCGGCCUUGGCCCACGAGUCCGAAGGAAGUCCCAGCCCACGCAAGUCACGUUGGCGGAAGGUCACACGCACAAGUCAAUCGACCGGUGCAUUGAUGACGUCCCAGUGAACUUUGCCCCUCACGCACAUGAGGCGGUGUCCUUUGACAUCCUGGAUACAAAAUUCGACAUGAUCUUGGGCAUAUUAUGGCUGCGAAGUGAGGACCACCCGGUGAACUUCUACCGCCGCACCGUUCACGUUCAUGAUCGGAACGGAGUACUAGUCCCAUGCACGAUAGCUCCUCCUCACCCUUCAGUCAACUGUCACGUGGUAUCCGCCGCAAGCAUGCGAGCUUCCAUCAUCAGAGAGGACAUCGAGGAGAUGGGGGUGUGUUUUCUCCACGCCCUCCCGCCCCAUGACGCUUCAUCGACGGACUCAUUUUCGGAUCCACGCGUCACCGAACUUCUCGAUGCCUACAGCGACGUGUUCGAAGGCCAGCACGGAGUAGUAUCGGAUCGGCCCAUCCGCCACGAGAUCAUCCUCGAGGACGAGGCCGUACCUCCGCGCGGUUGCAUCUACCGAAUGCGCGAGGAAGAGUUAAGUGUGCUUCGGGCACAGCUCGACGACCUUUGGACAAAGGCUGGAUUCGGCCUAGCUCAUCGCCAUACGGUGCUCUUGUUCUCUUCGUCCGGAAGAAGAACAAGGAUUUGCGGUUGUGCAUCGAUUAUCGCAAGCUCAACGCAGACGAUCAGAAACACUGACCCUCUCCCACGCAUCGACGACCUUCUCGAGCGACUGGGCGGCGCCAAGUUCUUCUCCAAGCUGGACCUCAAGUCGGGAUAUCACCAACUCGAGAUUCGGAAGGAGGAUCGCUACAAGACCGCGUUUAAGACGCGAUAUGGGCAUUUCGAAUGGCUAGUUAUGCCAUUUGGCCUUACGAAUGCUACGACCACUUUCCAAGCGGCUAUGACAAUGGAGUUCCGACACAUGCUGGAUCGAUUCGUACUUAUCUACCUCGACGACAUCCUGGUGUACAACCGGAGUUUGGAGGAGCAUGUGGAACACCUGCGCACCGUUUUGGAGCGGCUACGACAGGCCAAGUACAAAGCCAACCGCGACAAGUGCGAAUUCACGAGGCAGGAGCUGGAGUACUUGGGACAUUAUGUGACGCCGCAAAGCAUCCGUCCGCUUGCGGACAAGAUUGAGGCCCUACGAGUAUGGCCCGAGCCCACCAACACCACGGACGUUCGUUCAUUCAUGGGAUUGGCGGGCUACUAUCAGCGAUUCAUCACCGGAUACUCGAGGAUUGCUGCACCUAUGACGAGAUUACAAUCGCCAAAGGUGCCAUUCGUAUUCGAUGACGACGUACGCCGGUCAUUCCAAACACUUAAGACGGCUAUGCUCAUGACACCCGUCCUUAACAUCUAUGACCCCACCCUGCCGACGAGAGAGUCCGGCACGAAAAUGAAACCAAGUUCGGCUCGGCAUCCACAGACGGAUGGGCAAACGGAGCGGGCACAUCAAACCGCUCAAAUGAUGCUUCGUACGCUCAUCCGUCCGGACCAGAAAGAUUGGGUUGACCGCCUCCCCGACAUCGAGUUCGCCUACAAGACUUCGGUGCACCCUGCGAUCGGCGUGACUCCAUUCGAGUUGCACCACGGUGGACGGAAAGGCUGUAUCUUCGCCGACCUUCUCCUCCCUCGACCAACCGACAUGAACGCCGCUUGCUCUCCUGCUUCCGUCCGGAAGUACAGGGAAUUGCUGACUCAAGCCCGCGCGAACAUGCCAAAGGCUCAAGUCCGCAUGCAGCAGCAAGCCAACAGGCGUCGCGUGCCAUGUCCCAUCCGCGCCGGUGAUCUGGUUUGGGUCUCCGCGGAAGAGUUUGCACUGGAACAGGAUGUUUCACGCAAACUGCUUCCCAAGUGGUUUCGACCAUGGUCUGUGACAUCAGCCGUGGGCGAUGAGCCUGAUGGCCCUUCAUUUGUGAUCAACAUUCCCGAGCAUCUGAUGGUCCAUCCAGUCUCUCACGCCUCGAAGCUGGCAACAUACACGCCAGCUAAGAGCGACGACUUUCCGGGCCGACGAUCGCAGGACCCUCCAUCUAUGGAUGAUCAUCAGGAGGUUGACCGUGUCAUGUCGGAUCGCAAGUACGGCAGCAAGCCGCGACAGUACAAAGUUACAUUCAGAGCAUGCGAUCCCGACGACACUCGGUGAAUUUCAGGAGCAGAUUUGAAAGCAUCCGCGCCGCUGAUCUACGCUCACUAUGAGCGUCAAAGG